CUAAUAAGAGACUGCAGAUCCCAAACCCAUCCAUUGAUCCGGAACAACAGGAAAGUAAGUAUCAAUAGCCUCAGAAAACCGUGUGCAGUACAUCUCCGGACUGAGGAUGGUUGGGAGGUGAGCGCCAGGUAUUGCAACGAUUUUUACCCAUGA